ACCAUUAACAACUCUUCCGACAAAAUCAAAGUGAGAGACCUGCAGAUCGUUACCAGAGAGGCCAUGAGUCGGAUGAAGGAGGGAGAGGAGGAGAAAACCAAGUCGUACACGGCGCUGAUCUGGACCCAGAAACCCAUCCAGAGCGAAGACCUCACCUUCCUCGACGACAUCAAGGAUCUGACUCUGGACCAGAAGACUCCUCUGAGGGUUUUGCACCGGCGGGCGCUGGCCGUUCGUCAGCGCGUCAUCCACAACAUGAACACCCGCUUCCUGGACUCUCAUCACUUCUACCUGGGGCUGAAGACACAGGCCGGGACUUACAUCAAAGAGUUUGUCCACGGAGACUUUGGUCGCACCAAACCCAACCUGUGUGAGCUGCUGAAGACAGAAACCGACAUCCUGGAGCUGGACGUGGAGUCUGUGGACGUGGACUGGCCUCCGUCCAUACCAGAGUGAACGCUGCCGCCGGCCUCGUCCUGUAUCUGAGAGGCCACAGGUUCGAUCUCGGUGAGAGCGAACUGCUUCCGUCAGCAGCCGAGGACGUGGGAGCGUUACACCAAACCAUCGACCAGGAUCAGAGUGUCUGAGACUGAAACCAUGACGUGGUGUGGACGCUGGUUGGAGCUGAAGAGGAAACCAUGAACUCCAGUCAGAUAGCCCUGCUGGCUGCUUUGUGACACCUGGUCUGUUGAUGUUUUGGUUCUGGAUUCUGAUCAAAACGCAUCAAACGUGACCGUGUCUUCAGUUGUAUCACAGAAAAUGUUUAGUAAUACUUUCUCGUGAUCUUAUUCUGUUGUGUAGUUUCUGGCAAGUCACAUGCUAGAUUUUUAUUUUGAUCGUAUGGAUGAAAAAUGGAAAAACAACUCUUGUGUUCUUUGCUCGUUACCACCAAAAUGUCUAUUUUGUUCUGAGGGUGGCACCAGAGGUAAAUCAAGAGGGUUCAUCCUGUGUAUGGUGGCCAUUUAGGACAUUUCAGCUAGUCAGGCUCAGUUCUACAUGUUUAGACUCAGCUGUACUUUUGAGUUUCAUGUAGCUCCAUCUGCAGUCUCAGCACCGUUCUCCAUGAUUCAGUAGCAUAUCGUUUCUGAGGCAAACUGUAGAAGGAAAAUCCAAACAAUGUAUUUUUAACUGUUAUCCAAGCUGUGUGCUUCCACUGCUGGCAAAACAAAACAACAUAUUUCAACAGCCUACUUCAUGACAAAAUGUAAAAAUAAUGUUUUGAUUUUCACCUCCAGGUGCAUAGGGAAGAGAGCUGAGGACUACCAUAUUCGCAUGCUGUUAUGCACGAGCGAUGCUAACAUUAGCAUGCUAAAUUAACAUUAUUGUUGCAUGGUGGAAAUCAAUUCAAUCUCUGUAUUUCCAUGCAACCGCAAAGCAACUGACAAAGUAGACAAUGUUCACAUCAUGUACCUCAACCAAGUUUCAAAUGUCUGCUAAUUAUUUUCACAACAAAAUGAACUGAAAACAAAUUAAGACAGAAAAUAAAACCACAAUCAGAAAUUUCAAAUCUGUAGCAAAUACGAUGACAAAUACUAGAAACAACAGUCUCUUUAUAUUUUGAGAGGUGUUAAUCUGAAUAAAUCAGAUUCUAUGUGGGUCUCGAACUUCCAAUACUUUUCCAUAUAAACCAGAGUACAGAAAACUGUCAAAUAAUGGGAGUCGACACUGAAUGUGUGGACAGAUUAUUGAUCUUCAUUUAGUCUUUGGUAUGCUAUUCUGAUUUAAAAUUAAAACUUUGCCACUUUGAGACUUUUAUUUUGGCGAAGUUCCUGUAAAGGCUGAUUAGACAACAUUUACACAUUUGAGAACGUUUGCUUCUUUUGUUCUAUGAAAAAAAGUUAAUAUUGCUCAAAAUUAUUGUAUCAGAAAGGAUCUUUUUGGUGUCAAAUCUCAGGUUUCAUAAUGACACUUGCUCCAGUGGUAUGCUGGAAAAGGUCACCUCUAAUGUGAAGUACAUGCAGGUUGUAUAUUAGCAAGUUUUGUUAUGUUGGAUACAGAGUUGAGGAGUAAUGAACUUCAGUCUGUUUUUGUUUUCCUUGAAUUUGGCCUGAAACACAGCCGUGACAGAUUUUCUUUAAAUAAAUCAAGACUUGACAAAAACCAAGACGCCAUUUUUUUUUUCUCUCCACGCUGAUGGUCAUUGCCUCAGACAGGCAGAGAAGAUCCAGAAACAGCUGAAAUAAAGAGUCACAACAGCA